AUGCUGAUUUACCGCGUCGUUGCACUGUCAGUGACCUAUCUGUCCCUACCAGUCGCUGUCGUGUUCGCCAAGAAAUCCGACUUGAAUGGAUGGUACCCGUGUUCCGAUACCACGUUUUCCGACGAGGGGAGCCUAGCUGGCAUAAUUGCCGAGUGUGCGGUCUACAAAGCACCCUUAUGCUACCCCGGAAUCUGUGAGACUCUGCCAUCGUUGGACCCGACUGUCGAUAUAUUCGUCAAGAGGUACCCAGCAACGUCUGGAGACCCUGCUACUGCAUCGAACGUGUGGUUUGUCCAAGGCGGUCCGGGUUAUUCAUCGAGCACAUUGGAAUGGACCAUGAGCUAUUUGCAUGGCGCACUUGGAGGAGAAGCUAACGUGUACACGAUGGACCACCGUGGCACGGGCCGUAGCACACGUCUGGACUGUGUAGCAGCUCAGGCUACCACCACCGGCUCACCUCAGAGUAGUGGUAUUGAGCUGUCCGAGGUCGAUGCGUGUGCGCAGGAUCUCGAGUACAAGUUUGGCGACCUGUCUUCGUUCUCAAUGACGAGUGCUGCCACGGACAUUGCAACGUUCAUCUCCAAGUUUACGAACGGACAAAACACCACAGUCUGCGGUGUUAGCUAUGGAACGACUCUGGUAGAACGGCUCAUGCACUUGAAGACUCCGACGGUCAUCGGUUAUGUUAUGGAUGGUGUUUCCACGAACUCUGCAGCACCAAAGGACGAAUUUCCGUACUUUUCGAAGACCGAAGUCGACGCCGGAGAAGUGGGCGACGCUUUUCUCGAUUUUUGUAUUGACGACGAAGGCUGCAGUCACCACUUCAAGUCUGUCAGUUUGCCUGAAUCACUACAGCAGCUCAUCAAGAAGUUUGACAAGGAGCCUAACUCGUCAUGUGCUCAGCUGGUACGCACAAAGGGUGCCCAGACUAUUUACCCACCGUCAUUUUCACUCCGCAGCACUCUGGGUAUGAUGUUGCUCGAUUCGACGUUUCGAAUGUUCAUUCCACCACUCAUCUACAGACUGAACCACUGCACGAAAGGAGACCGCACCGUGUUGGCGCAAUUUUUCACAGCUUUUAAAAAGGCCGUCACCGCAAAAUCCGAGGACAGCGCGUACAUGUCUCAGCUUUUGUACUAUCUGAUCGUCUUUUCUGAAACAUGGGAAGUGCCUGCACCGACUUUUGAAGUGGUGAAGAAACGAUUGACAGACGCGACAAUGUGCGAAGGUUCGUUUGAGAAGUCGGACGAUGUUGGAUUGUACAAGUCGAACCAGCUGUACUGCGCUUUUUCCAAAGAGAAUUCUCCGGCUUGUGACCAGCUUCACCUCGGCAACCAUAGCUCAAGCACCAUUAUCUACAAGCCAGAUAAAUACUGGAACAAGACUGCAGUCAUUCCAAGCCAUACAAGCGUUUUGCUACUGAGUAGCAAAAUGGAUGCCCAGACGCCUCACAAGUAUGCCAAGGCCUUCUUCGAACGACUCGUUGGCUCCAACAAAGAACUCGUUACAUUCGAGUAUGCAACUCAUGGCACUUUUGUGUCAACCCUGCUUCCCGAUACCGACGACAGCUCUGGCGAGACAUGCGGUGUGAGAUUGUUGACGUCGUACGUCAGCAAUGGUGGGGACCUUGCCAAUCUGGACAAGUCGUGUCUGGACGAGGUGCCGGCACUAAACAUGGCGAUACCGGCCGACUAUCUGACAGAAUAUUUGGGGACCGAUGAUGCAUACGACGGCAAUACUGUGAGAGCUAAAACCUCACUCUCUACGUAG